AUGGUUCGAAAGCCUGACCCCUUUUUGGCUCUCGAUCCGGACCCUUUUCCAGACUUCCCUGAAGACUUGGGCCGGGCACUGGACAAGACCACCAAGCCGAUUCCGGAGACCGACGAGGAGGCAGCCAAGUUGGUGGGGGCCCGAGGCAAGGCAUAUCCGAAAUUCCUUCCGGGCGGCCUCAAGCUCUGGAACCCGACACUGAGCGACCUCUUCUUCGGCACGGACUUCCGGAAACCCGGCGACCCCGACAACGACCACCACGCGGCCGACCUCAAAGACGAGAAGGACUCCAACCGGGCUGAGGGCCAUGCAGAGGUCAAAGACGCCAACGAGAGCAGCGGCGGUCGAGACCUACAAGAUCAACACCGACAACGAGGCGUGGUCGGACGUCACCAUGACAGAGAAGCCCACUGCAAAGGCCGAGCGAAAGCAGUGAAAUCAAGGGCGUUGGUGGAGGCCGAGUCGUUGGACCGGAGUCCUCAUCAACCUCUUCACAAGCUGUCCGCCCACUUGAAGAAGCAGGGCUGGGCGCUGCGAACGCUGCUGGUGCUAAUCACAUGGGUGACUUCGGGAUGGACAGAAUGCUAUCCCUCCUUUUUGGGACCCCCAAAAGUGAGACUGGUAUGGCAGCCAUCUACGGGAACUUGGUCUCCUCCUUCGGGAACAUGUUCAGAAGCGGCCAUCGUUGGAUGCCAGGUGUUUGCCAAUCGGAACCAAGCAUUCAAUUGGCUUCUGGAUGACCUGGAUUCAUCUUCCUCCUCCUCGGCCUGGAUGUCCUUGAGCAAGCCUCAGAUCAAUCAGUUCACCAAGCAGUUGCAGAAGGCCGGUGUCGAUGUGGCAGAAGUGUAUUCGCCACCAAGGGUGACCAAGCGAGCUCAUCUUCAUGGUCUGCGCCCAGGCUUCGCCUUGGACCUCACCACUGGAUGGAACUUCAACAUUCCAAGACAUCGCCAAGGCGUUUGGUUCGCGAACAUCGGCGAACGACACGUGGACUUCAGUGUGUCUGUGGCCCUCAUUCAGAUCAAUGCGGGCCGGGGCUUCCUGUUUGAGCACCCUAGAGGAGCCAAGAGCUGGAAGAUGAGAUCAUUGCAGAAGCUAAAAGCCCAUCCUCAGGUGUACACGGUCUCUUUGGACAUGUGUCAGUUUGAACUUCAAAACUCGAAGGGCGACACCGUGUUGAAGCCGACCCUCCUCCUGACCAACAUCGAGACCUUGGCCACCGCUUUGGCCAGAAGAUGCGACAAGCAGCAUAAGCAUGUACCUCUUGAAGGGGGACAAAACACUAAGCUGUCGGCCAUCUACACGGAUGCCUUUGUGGACGCCAUCCUCAAAGGUCUACGACAACACCUCCGUGCGCAGCACUUCCCCGUCUUCGAUAUGAAGGAUUCGUGGGAGCUCACCCCUCAUGAGUUACGUUGCCGGCAUUUCUGCAAACGCAGUACGUUGGCAUCUCCGGAGGAGUGCAUGGAAUAUGAAGUCGCAAAACUGCGCUUCACUGGACAGCGCCGGACCUCGCUGUGGUACCAAGAUGGUGAACCCCAGCUGUGGACAGACAAUUGGCAGUCCUGUCCCUCUACGCCUCCAACGAAGGCCUCCUGGUCCGGCAUCACAUGUUUUGAGCUGCAAGCAGAUUUUCGUCUUCCUCAGGAACUACAAGAGCUUGCCGCCUGGCUGGCGCAAGGUGCCGCGCACGACUUCUACACCUACCAGGAUGAUGAGGCUGCCUUUCAAGCCAAAUGGAUGAUGAUUUGCGCACAAGUUUUUCCAUCGCACAGGAUUUUGGGAGAUGAGGCACGUGAACGUCGAGCUGACGCGCGUGCAGUGUCUUUUGCGGAUCACGAAGAUGAUCCAUUUUCGGAAGCCACGGGCCUUCCCAAUUCUUCUACUUCUACUUCAACGCACCUGGGAGACACCAGUUUCGCCUCCCCAGACGGACCUGCGAUGGUGGAUGAACCCCAACCACCUCAACAACCACACGAAGGAGAUGAGGCACGAGUCCGGCAUGAACUUCGAGAGAUCCCCAUGCCCGGCGACGUGGACAAUGGGGAUGAGUCUGAAACGAAGGCCCCUAUACCUCCACCAGAAAUACGACCGGCGCACGUCAUGUCCCGGACUAUGCCGUUCAAUGAGUGCGUGGGUGUGGACUUGUUUUUCUUGGGCCGAAGAAUUUUCCUCAACAUGCUGUGCUGGGGGACCAACUUCCAAUUGGUGGAGAUGAUCGAGGACCGCACCUCGGAGACUGUGGCUAUGGCCAUGGCUAGGUCCUGGAUGGCUCACUAUGGACCUCCGGCACUGGUGAUCUGUGACCAAGGACCAGAGUUUGUGGGCCAAGAGUUUUGUCAGCUGAUGGCGGACAACGCCGUCGUCCUCCAUUUCACGGACACCCACUCCCCAUGGCAGAACUCCAGAACAGAGAAGGCGGGCGGGAUUUUCAAAUCGUGCUUGGAGAAAGUCUGCCAGGAAACCACCGCUGUGUCGGAGAAGGACUUGCUGACUGCCGUGGCUGAGUCCAUCAUGUUGCCUGGCAGCUUGUUGUCGGACGACCACAUCGAUCGCGAGUUCGUGCUGGACACCAUCUCCGACAACAUGCACCGCGCCAUGGAGAUCCGCAAGGCUGCUGCCAAAGCUUGGAUGGAACACCAGGACUUUGAGGCGGUCACCCGGGCUGCGAGAGCGAACACCCGCACUGUGGACAAGAUCCAGAUUAAGAAUGGGGACCGUGUGUACGUGUGGAGGGCUUCAAAGGCUGGGCUGGACCAGGAGUGGUGGUUCAAGUUACAGACAAUGGCAGGUCCUUGUGGAUCAGUCUGCGAGGCUAUCUACUCAAGGCGUCCUGAGAGCAAACCCGGCUGGAGCUUUGGCGCGGAACUCCGGAAAGUCCUCACCCGCGAGUUGCUGGAGGACCUGGAGUCUGGCAAGGUGCGGCACUACCGGGACAUCCAACAUGAAGAACCUCCUGGUGAACUGGAGAUGGAUGAGGAGAUGACCCUCUACGAGCCUUCGUUCCCGGCAGAUGACAAUGACCAGGAUAUCUUCCGUGAGCUCGGGCUCGGUGAUCCUGAUGAGCCAGCCCCGGAUGCCGAGAUGAAUCCUCCUCGCCUUUUGGAAAAUGGAGAAGAUCCACGCGCUCCAGAGUUGGAGAGUACAAGGCCUCCUUCAGAAGCUUCAGCCGUCCGGGUUGCCUCGGACGAACCCGGAACAGCUUCAGCAUCGAGACGGUCAAGCGUCCGAGUGGACGAAGCGACAGCGGGUGAGUUUCCUUUUGGCCCCAUUCGAGAAGCUCGGACAGCACCUCCUAUGCCCUACCCUAUGACUGAGUGA